AUGGAGGAAUCAAGGACUGACACGUAUAUUCAUGAUCCAGAUAGUCUUGAACUCAUCUGUGCGGCGCGUAAAAAGAUCAGCAGUCUUCUGCCUGAAGAUUACCAAUACGAAAUUCUAACGGCUAGUGCAAAGCCUGAUCCAAAUACUGAAGGCAAUGAGGCCUUAUAUGGAUGUGUUAAAUUGUCAAUCAAAACCAAAGCAGAUGCAUUAGUUUGGAUAAACAGAUUUCAGAGAAAGACGCUUACUUCAUAUCAAUCUCCUUCAUAUUGGAGGAAAAAUGCCAUAGAUGGACUUUUAUUGAAACAAUUUCGAUGUGAUUAUCCUAGUAGGCAAGGAUUGUGUUGCAAAGCUUGUCUUAUGCUGAGUGUUAGGGAUACAAGGGAUGGCCGCAACAAAUUUAAUCCCGGAGAUGAAAAAGUAAGAGAUCAUGAUCAUUUAACUGGUAGAUUUAGGGGUGGAGCGCACAGCAUCUGUAACUUGAAUUUUCGACGUCUGCCUCACAUUCCAUUGCUUUUCCACAGCUUAAUAGGCUAUGAUAGUAUUUUAUUUAUUAAAAAGUUUUGUUAUGAAAAUGAUAUUCUUUCACAAAGUAAAGAAAAAUAUAUUUCAUUUUUCAAAGUCGAUAUUGGCUUAUCUUUUCGUUUUGUUUCCGCUUUAUUGGAUAGUCUUAGUGAAAGUUUGGAUCCUAAUCAGUGUGUAGAAAUCAAAAGAUAUUUCCGAGAUCCAAACCUGUUUAAUAAAAUCAUGAAGAAAGGAGUAUAUCCAUAUUCCUAUGUAGAUACCAUGGGUGGAUUUCAUGAAAACCAACUUCCAUCCAUUGGAAACUUUUAUGAUAAACUUAAACCUAUUAAUGCCCAGAAUUGCCUAUAUCAAAAUUAUACUGUUUUUUCUCAAAUUAAAAAUGGGUUAAAUACUAAACCAAAAUCGUUAGGAAAAUUUAGAAAAUAA